UUGUUCUGCUGGGCUCCCUCUCCCCUUCUUCCCACAACCCUUAGGCAGGGCUAGAGCCAGUUAUUUUGAGGAAAUAACACCUCAGAAAAGUCAUCUUCCCAUUGAGUGACACGUUUAAAUCUUUUUUAAACUACUAGUUACAGAUUGGAAGGUGAUGACAGGGGAAGGGGUUAUUGCCAAAUAUACAGGCUGGGGUGCUUGCAUAUGUACUCCCUCAGUUUCCACAGAAAUGAGGUUAUCAUUUUUCCCCCUCAAUCCAAAAUCAAGAGGGUGGGGAGAGGAAGGAGGUUGCAAAAAGCCAGGUAUAGGGGAAUGUAAAGUCACCACUGUCCCAUCCUUGGCCCUGAACCCUACCACCUGAACCCCUCAAACAUCCUCAGGAUUAUACAAGACUGUCAUAGUGGGGAAACCCUCCCAUCAAAGAUCAGGGAAGGAUGGGGGCAGGUUUGGGAAUGUGAUGGGGUGGGAGGUGGGAGGCUUGGGCUGGGGCAGUUCUCUCCUCACUUGUAAACUUGUAGUUUCACAGGAAAAAAAAAAAAGCAGUUUUAAAUAAAGAAAUUUCUUUUUUCCCUGGGUUUAGUUGAGAAUUUUUUUCAACAUGAGAAACCCCAGAAAAAAAUAUUUUUCUUAAAGACCCAAAUGAGUCCCCCAACCUUGUCCUCACCAUCCAGGCUGAUUCACCUUAGUCUCUCCCUCAGUAACUGCUAGGCGUGUUGCUUAGCAACUGGAUGGGGAGGGAGGGACAGUGGUCCACCAGGCAGCCCUUUAAUACAAUAAGUUGGGGGUCCUAAAGGCAUGAGAGACCUUGGGAGGUAUGCUCCCCACCCCCAUGGAUGUGGCAGUAUGAGAGACCCACAGUGCCCGGGGUGGAGUGGUAAUUGCUUCUCCUAGUACCUGAAGGACACUUGUCAGAGAGGCAUGAAUUCCUGGCAUUCCCUGUGACAGGGAGAUGGGGGCAGGGGUGAGGGUACAAGCCCUACCUAGGGCGGCGGCCACAGUACUGAGGGGCAGACAGAGCCAGGAGCCUGGGAAGGAAGCAGGAUGACAGCAGGGGCAGCCAUGGAAACCUGGGUGCUGGUCCUCAGUCUGUGGGGGGCAGUAAGUGGCCAAAACAUCACAGCUCCGAUCGGGAAGCCACUAGUGCUGAAGUGUAAGGGGGCCCCUAGGAAACCCCCCCAGCAGCUGGAAUGGAAACUGAACACAGGUCGAACUGAAGCUUGGAAGGUGCUGUCUCCCCAGGGAGGGUCCUGGGAGAGUGUGGCUCAUGUCCUCCCCAAUGGCUCCCUCCUCCUGCCAACUAUUGAUAUCCAGGAUGAGGGGACUUUCCGGUGCCAGGCAACAAGCCGCAGUGGAAAGGAUAUCAAGACCAACUACCAAGUCCAAGUCUACCAGACUCCCAAGAAGCCAAAGAUUGUUGAUUCUGCCUCGAAACUCACAGUUGGUGUCCCUAAUAAGGUAAUGGAAGAGGAAAGAAGUAAACAUAAUCCUGAGAAUGGGCCGAGUGUGGGGACAUGUGUAUCUGAGGGAGGCUACCCUGAAGGGACUCUUAGCUGGCACUUGGACGGGAAACCCUUGAUACCUGAUGGCAAAGGGGUGUCGGUAAAGGAAGAGGCCAGUAGAUACCCUGAAACAGGACUUUUCAGACUCCAGUCAGAGCUGUUGGUGAUGCCAGACCAGGGGGGUCUGCAUGUCAACUUCUCCUGUAGCUUUAAUCCUGGCCUUCCAAGGCGCAGAGCCCAGCACUCAGCCCCUAUCUGGCUUAGUAUUGGGGAGCCUGUGGAGAAAAUCCAGUUGGCAGUGGACCCAGAAGGUGGUGCAGUAGUUCCUGGUGGUACUGUGACCCUGACAUGUGAAAGUUCUGUCCAGCCUACUCCUGAAAUCCACUGGAUCAAGGAUGGCAUGCUCCUGUCCCUUCCUCCCAGCCCAGUGCUGUUACUGUCUGAGGUCGGCCCUGAGGAUCAGGGCAUCUACAGCUGUGUGGUCACCCAUCCCACCCAUGGGCCUCAGGAAAGUCAUCCUGUCACCAUCAGCUUCAUCGAAACAGGUGAGGGUAGACCAACUGCAGACUCCGUGGAAGGGUCAGGGCUGGGAACUCUACCCCUGGUCCUGGGGAUCCUGGGAGGCCUAACCACAGCUGCCCUGCUCAUUGGGAUCAUCAUGUGGCAAAGGAAGCGACGUCAAGGAGAGGAGAGGAAGUCCCCAGAAAACCAGGAAGAGGAGGAACGUGCAGAGCUGAAUCAGUCGCAGGAGCCCGAGACAACUGAGAGCAGUGCAGGAGGGCCCUGAGAGUCCCGCAGCCAGACCCAUCCUGAGGCUUCCUCUUCCAUUCCCGCACUCUGUUCUGACCCCCAGCCAGCCCUCCCCUAUGUAAUCUCUACCCCACCUCUCCAACCCUUCUUUCACAACCAGAGUCUUCUACAAACAGUGAUGAGUAAACAAACACCUGACA